CGCUAAGGAAAGAUAUGGAGUGUCAUCAAUGAUACAAUCCCAAGAGAAACCAGAUAGAGUUUUGAUUCGAAUAAAAGACUUGACGGAGGAGAAGGCUGAUGAAGUGGUUUGGGUUCGUGGGAGAAUUCAUACAAGCAGAGCUAAAGGGAAGCAGUGUUUCUUAGUCCUGCGUCAGCAGCAGUUUAAUAUCCAGGCUCUCGUGGCUGUGGGACAGCAUGCAAGCAAGCAGAUGGUAAAGUUUGCUGCCAACAUCAACAAAGAGAGCAUUGUGGAUGUAGAAGGUGUUGUGAGGAAAGCACAUCAGAAAAUUGGAGGUUGUACUCAGCAAGAUGUUGAGCUUCACGUUCAAAGGAUCUAUGUGAUCAGUUUAGCUGAACCCCGACUGCCCUUACAGCUGGAUGAUGCUGUUCGGCCAGAAGUGGAAGGAGAGGAGGAUGGAAGAGCUACUGUAAACCAAGAUACAAGACUGGACAACAGAGUCAUUGAUCUGAGGACCUCCACUAGUCAGGCAAUCUUCUGCCUUCAGUCUGGUAUUUGUCAGCUUUUCCGAGAAACUCUUAUUCGCAAGGGAUUUGUGGAAAUUCAGACUCCCAAAAUCAUUUCAGCUGCCAGUGAAGGAGGAGCCAAUGUGUUUACUGUAUCAUACUUCAAAAGCAGUGCCUACCUGGCUCAAUCCCCACAGCUAUACAAGCAGAUGUGUAUAUGUGCUGACUUUGAAAAGGUUUUUUGCGUUGGGCCAGUAUUUAGAGCUGAGGACUCCAAUACACACAGACACCUGACUGAGUUUGUUGGUCUGGAUAUUGAAAUGGCUUUUAACUAUCACUAUCAUGAAGUGGUAGAUGAGAUUGCAGAUACCUUGGUGCAGAUAUUCAAGGGACUUCAGGAAAGAUUCCAAACUGAAAUUCAGACAGUGAACAAACAGUUCCCAUGUGAGCCAUUUAAGUUUUUGGAGCCAACUCUGAGGCUGGAAUAUUGUGAAGCUGUGGCCAUGCUUAGAGAGGCCGGUAUUGAGAUGGGUGAUGAAGAAGAUCUGAGCACACCUAAUGAAAAGCUCCUGGGACGCCUGGUAAAGGAAAAGUAUGACACAGACUUCUAUAUUCUUGACAAAUAUCCGCUUGCUGUGAGGCCUUUUUAUACAAUGCCAGACCCAGUAAACCCUAAAAACUCUAACUCUUAUGAUAUGUUCAUGAGAGGGGAAGAGAUUUUGUCCGGAGCUCAGAGAAUUCACGAUCCUCAGCUGCUGACAGAAAGAGCCCAGCAUCAUGGCAUUGAUUUGGAGAAAAUAAAGGCUUAUAUUGAUUCCUUUCGUUUUGGUGCACCUCCACAUGCGGGUGGUGGAAUAGGACUGGAAAGAGUAACCAUGCUGUACCUAGGGCUGCAUAAUGUUCGUCAGACCUCCAUGUUCCCACGGGAUCCCAAACGACUGACACCCUAACAUGAGUGGCUUUUGAAAGUUUGAGAUGAUUUGCCCUGCAAAUAUGAUACGAUUGCAAGCAUAUCCCCUGCUACUGAUGAAUCUGUAUUGAUUUGAGCAUUAUAAUAUGCAAUAAUAAAAAAAAGAUCGUAUUUACUAAAGUGCCACAAUCAUUUUUUUUAUCCUUAGCUGUUUAUUUAAAAGAAAAUAUUUUAACAGAUCAAGACUCUUUGUAUUGGCAACUGUGCACAUUUUUAAUGAAAAUGUGAUACUUUGAGUUAGUAUUCUAGUGUCACAUGAAAUUGUAUCAUGUUUCUAAACAUUUUAAUAAAUUACACAAUAAAAAUUCUGCAUUUCUAACUUACAUCAGCAAGAUUGAAUAUUCUGAAGUAACAGAACUGGCUCGAAGCUAAAAUAGCUGGAUGCUUGCAAUUUAAAAAUCAGGAGGAAACCAGGCAAUUGUUAAUUUACAUGAGUGUCAGGUAGAGAAGCAGGUCAGAAGAACAUUCUUAACAAAAAGCCUUCAUAUGAAAUUGUGAAAAUAGAUUG